GCAGCGAACGUUCAGUGGCUAGCGAAAUUAGAGUAGAAAGCCCAGCUUCCAGUCGUCAUUUGCUGCGUUUCUUGCCUGAGCACAUUACUUUUACCGUGUCACUUGGGAAUAACUUGAUCAGAUUAGCAUGCGGUUAGCCAAUAGCAACUAGAAGGACUCUCCACGUGUUACUUUGUUGCGUUAUUAGGAAACUGUGUCUGGAUAGACCUGCCCAGUGCUUGCUGCUGAUGUUCCUUGGUGUUCCUGCGUUCUAAUUUAUGAGGCGAGAUGAGCGCAGACUGUGCCGGCAACUCCACCUGCCCGGCCAAUAGCACGGAGGAAGACCCACCCGUGGGAAUGGAGGGGCACGGGAGCCUGAAGCUCGUUUUCACAGUGCUGUCGGCUGUGAUGGUGGGUCUCGUCAUGUUCUCUUUUGGAUGUUCGGUGGAGAGUCAGAAGCUCUGGAUGCACCUCAGAAGACCCUGGGGCAUCGCUGUGGGCCUGCUUUGCCAGUUUGGACUUAUGCCUCUGACAGCUUAUCUGUUAGCCAUUGGCUUCAGUCUGAAACCAUUCCAAGCUAUGGCUGUCCUCAUCAUGGGGAGCUGCCCUGGGGGCACCAUCUCUAAUGUUCUCACCUUUUGGGUUGAUGGAGAUAUGGAUCUCAGCAUCAGCAUGACAACCUGCUCCACAGUGGCUGCCCUGGGAAUGAUGCCCCUCUGCCUCUACGUCUACACCCGGUCCUGGACUCUUACACAGAACCUCGCCAUUCCGUAUCAGAAUAUAGGAAUUACCCUUGUGUCCCUGGUCGUUCCUGUGGCCUCUGGCAUCUAUGUGAAUUAUAGGUGGCCGAAGCAAGCAACAGUCAUUCUCAAGGUCGGGGCCGUGCUGGGUGGCGUGCUCCUCCUGGUGGUAGCAGUUACUGGCGUGGUCCUGGCAAAGGGCUGGAACACAGAUGUCACUCUUCUGGUCAUCAGCUGUAUUUUCCCCCUGGUUGGCCAUGUCACAGGCUUCCUGCUGGCGUUCCUCACCCACCAAUCUUGGCAAAGGUGCAGGACCAUUUCCAUAGAGACAGGAGCUCAGAACAUCCAGCUGUGCAUCGCCAUGCUGCAGCUGUCCUUCUCUGCAGAGUACCUGGUCCAGCUGUUAAACUUCGCCUUGGCCUAUGGGCUCUUCCAAGUGGUGCACGGGCUGCUCAUUGUCGCAGCAUAUCAGGCGUACAAGAGGAGGCAGAAGAGUAAACAUGGGAGACAGCGCCCAGGUGGCCCAGAUGUCUGCGGCGAGAAGCAGCCCAGAGAGACCAGCGCUUUCUUGGAUCAAGGGGAAGAGGCUGCUGUGACUCUGGGGCCAGUGCAGCCAGAGCAGGACCACUGGACGGCUGAGGUGACCAGCCACAUUCCUUCAUGUAGACAACAGUAGGAGACACGGACCAGCUGGGCCCGCCAUCUCCCUCCGUGGCCAGUGAAGACCAUGUGCAGUUGGCAGUAAGCAGUCGUCAUCUCCCUGCGAAGCUGUCCUCCCGGUGUGGAAUGUAACCCGAGAGAAGGCCAUGCAGAGGAGACAUCACUCACACUGCAGACAGAGCGUCCGUGGGCUUCUUGACUUCAGGCAGGAGCUCUGGAGAACUAGAGAAGAGACGCUAAGAGCAGAUUAGCUUCGGCUAUGUGAUUCUUUUUCUUAAGGGAUCAAGCAUCGUUUGAUUUUGAUUCUGCUUGUAAUGCAAGCAGGCUAGCUCUUUCUCUUGAGAGGAAGAGACAGGUCCCCAGAAUCUCCAAACCAUAAAUACAUGGGCUCGCCCAGUCUCCAAAACAUCAGAGACACAUGCGUAUCUGUUCCAGUAUUCUGAGCACCAAAUUACCUGAAAGGCCUGUUUCCUGUGUGUUUUGAUAGUUGAUCAAUGAUUAUCUCAGAACAUCUUUAUACAUCUGUGUUACCUACCUCAUUCUUUAGAACGGUGGCUGCAUCCAAGCGUUGUGUAACAUAGGAUUGUAAUUUAUUGAAGACAUCCUCAUUAGUAUUUAGAUAUCUUCCCGCGCAGGGCUGCUGUGAGCCCCUGGUUCGCACCCCAUGCCCUGUAGACUCUUUCCGGCAGCUCCAGUGGGCACGCCCACAGCUCCUCAAAACCCUGGACAGACUGUUCCUUCUCAGAAGAGCUUUGUCAUUCGCUCUCACCAGUCUUAAAUGAUUUCUCGUCAUUUUGCCUUGUGCAAAGAUCUCAUUAAAUUAUGAUCUCAAAGCUA